AUGUGGCUAACGUACUGGAAAGAUAAGCGAGAGGCCAGGGAGAAGGACAACGGUAAAGAUGGCUGUCCUUACCCCAAAUCUAUUGAGUGCAUCAGGAAAGAGGAUUACCCUCUUCUCGAAGAAACCACAUAUCUCGACCAUGCGGGAACAACGCCCUAUCCAAGGUCUCUUAUGAAGGAAUUCGAGAGGGAUAUGAACUCUCAACUCUUCGGCAAUCCUCACUCAAAUUCCCCUUCAUCAAUGCUCUCGACAGACAGCGUGGAAUCAGCGAGACUUCGGGCACUCAAUUUCUUUAAGGCGGACCCAGAACACUUCGACUUGAUCUUCGUUGCAAAUGCAACGGCAGCUAUCAAAACAGUGGUGGAUUGCCUCUCGGACUACCGCCGCGAUGAAGAUGGACAAACCUUACAGGGGUCCUGGUAUGGGUACCAUGCCGACUCUCAUACGUCUCUGGUAGGUGCCAGAGAGACUUCUAGGGCAACUGCAAGGUGCUUCGAGUCAGACGAAGAAGUGGAGAACUGGUUGCACAUGAAGGAAUCAAGACCUAUCUCGUAUCUACCAAUGAACGGAGAGGCACUGGGACUGUUUGCGUAUCCGGCGCAAAGCAACAUGAAUGGGCGACGUCUACCGCUAGACUGGCCUGCCCGAUUGCGUUCAACCUCAAAACAGGGUCGGGAGGUGUACAGUCUUCUGGAUGCUGCCGCUUAUGUGGCAACCUCCUCAUUGGAUCUCAGUAAUCCAGAUACAGCGCCAGAUUUUACGGCCUUGAGCUUCUAUAAGAUCUUCGGAUUCCCAGAUCUUGGAGCACUGAUCGUCAGGAAAGCGGCAGGACAUGUUCUAAAACAGAGGCGAUACUUCGGCGGUGGCACCGUCGACAUGGUUGUGAACGGCAGGGUUGACGGACCCUCUGAGGACAUGUGGCAUGCAAAUGAAAGCAUGUCGCUCCAUGAAAUUCCCAUCUGCAGCUGCGUCACGAGCAAACAAAUGAGCCGAACCAUAUAUGCGGUAGCCAACAAAAAAACAUCCGGCAUCGGUUUCUUCCUCGCCUCACUCAUCGCCGCGUCAUCGCCGAAGACGCGACACUCCUGGAGAAAAGCAGAGUUGAUGCUGGGCAGGUGGGAUAUUUUUAUCCUGAAGGUUUUGCUCGUGGCGGAGGAGGCGAUGGCCAUGUGGACUGCUGGAUCGGUCUUGGAAGAGAGGCUGGAGAGAAGUUGA